AAUUGGGAAUUGAUUAUCUCAGCUUUGAAGGGCCUAUAAAUGCAGUUGAGGUGCUGUGAAAAAUUACAGUUUGCUUUGAAAGGCGAAGACAAAAUGAAGCUGACUCUGCUACUGAUCGUUUGCUGUUGCCUUUUUGGGCUGGCCUUUGGCAAUCAAAUUGUGGCGACCAAGCCACCAUUUAUUCGCAGUCGCUACAGUUUGCGCUGGCGUAAGACAACCACUGUGGCUCCCGAGGCAUCUACUGCAUCGGCCAUUAACGCCGUCACCACCACCACCCAUCAUCCCAAGUUGGCCACCUCAACUGCCAAUGCGGACUACGAUUAUUAUGGCAAUGGUGAGGCCGAAAAUGUGGUACACAAGUAAUGGCUAAGACAUUAACAACGAAAAUAUAUAACUAUAUAUAAAUAUACUUUUCAAACCAAAAGUUGUCCGAAAAUAACUCAACAAAAAGCCAUACUUUAUUUAGAGGAUGCAGCUAAAUUAUCAGAUUUAUAUUAUUAUAUACUUUAAAAUAUUCAAUUUUAUUUAUUUUUACCGUCAAUUGGACUACUAAAAUUAUGCGAAAAAUAAAAAUUAGAAUUGUUUCCAAUA